AUGCACAAGAAGAUUGAUCCCCAUCCCUCUCCAUCUGUUGUACACACACAAACCCCCCCCCCCCCUCCCCCCUCUUGCGCUUCACCUAACACAACUCAAUCUAGGCUAACCAUCCCAAUCUCACCACCGCUCCCCUGCGUCCCCCGACUUUCUCCCCUGCCUGUCGCUAUGCCGCGCCGCAGACCAAUCCGCGCCUUCGAAACCCUUCGCCACGCCAUGUCCUCCCUCCAGCACACCUGCAUCGGUCUGUUCACGCUGAUGCUCCUCCUACUAGCCCUUCUCCAAUUCUCCAACCGCUUCGACACAAGCAUCUGCGACACAGCGCAUGCGCAGGAGCACCCGCUUCUCUGCGGCACGUCGCGCCGCGUGUGCCGCGACUUCCCGGCCCCCGAGGCCCCCCCGCCGCUGGUCGUGAUCGCGGCGGGCGGCUCCCGCGCAGGCUCCACCUGGCUCUUCAACGCCCUGCGCAUCCUCCUGCGCGUGCGCGACCCCAACACUGUGGCCGGCUGGCAUGCCGACCUCUCCGCGUGGCACGACCGCUACGCCGUACGGCCACCCAACGCCACAGGCGAGCCUACCGCGCGCGCGUUCCAGCGCAUGGGCACCUCCCUUCUGGUCAAGGUCCACCUCCUCCAGGACUGGCACCACUUCCAGGCCACGGAGGACGCCGACGCCAAGAUGGAACAGCACGUGGACGCAGUGUUCACCAGCUACAGAGACGUGCGCCAUGUCGUUCGGUCCGUGCGCGACAUGGGCUGGGGCGUCGAUGUGCCGCUGGGCAGGUUGACUCAUCCUGACUUUUGCCGGAAGCGUGCGCCCCAGCAGAGGCACAAGACGCUGACGGCGGGGCAAUACCACGACAAGUCGGUGUGGGUGCGGCAGGCGCUGGCGACGAUCCGGUGCCGGGAGGUGCUGCUCGCGGCGGCGGGGGGGAAGCUGAAGAUGGACAUCAAGGCGGAAGACAUGCGCGGGUUGAGCGAGGCGGCCACCGUGGCGGUGCUGCGCGACAUGGGGACGCACUUGGACUACGCGUAUUCGGAGGGCGAGCUGGAGGGCGCGGCGCGCGAGCUGAUGCGGCUGCGCGCGCCGCUGUGCAACGCCGGUGCGGUCGCGAUGGACCUCAACCCCGUGACGCACCUGCACCGCGGGCACGUGCAGGUGGACAAGUCGCCGGCCGCCGGGUUAGUGGAGCGGCGAGGCAUGGGCGCGAUUACGGCGGACGCAGACUGCGCCCUGUGGCUGACGCGACAUGGUUACGUGCCGUGA